GGGCGGGCUGUUUUAGAAGUUUAAUUUGAUUGGAUAAAAUUGUCUACGUCAACCCAUUUCUGGCAUUUGAUUGGUCAAUGACGUUGGAGGGCGGGAAAAACGUCGGUAAACAAGGAAGUAAACGUCUCGUGACAGAUGAUCUUUUUCUGAUUUUACCGACAGUUUGGACCACGGUCCCGUUUGAGAAAAAAAAAAUAGGGAAUAGGGAGCACUGUAUGCGGCACCAACAAUGCAGAAUGUGCGAAAGCGUCGAGGCAACAAUUCCCACAGCACUCCUGAUGUCUCUGAGGGCAAAGGACCACACAGGAAAGGCCAGCGCUUCCACUUUGACCUGUGG